AUGUCGACCUCGGAUUUCGAAAACUGGGAUCCAGUUGAUGAUGACAAUGAUGAAGCCCCGGUAAUUGAAAAACGCACAGAAAGUUCAUCUGAACUGCCCCUGCCUAUCGAGUGCUCAGGCCAGAAGAAGAUUUCUGAAUCGCCGAUUCGUUCGCUUCAAAACUCAAGCCGCAAUUCGAUUCCAUCUGUUGACAAUACUGCCCUGAAGUCAUCACCUGCUGACCCUCAAUUGACGGCUUUGGAUCCAAUAACUGGUGUUAAUAGUCCGCCAACUAAAAAUGGCACAGCCCUGAAUUCUGUCAACCAGAUUAUCGAUUCGACGAAAGAUUCCAAGCUCAACGAUCUUAAGGAAAUAGCAGAGACAACUCUUGGUGAGGACGAAUCAGACGCUUCUAAUACUUCCUUUCUGAACAACAUGCUGACAAGUUUCAAUUUGAAAAAUUCCGUUCCCCCCUCUGCUAAUGCCUCAUCUCAUUCCAGAGCGCUGUCGGAGUCAGGAGUUCAAUCUAAGCCAGGAAUUAUAACAUAUCGUAAAGCAACUCCAACCAAACGUUCUAAGCGUUCCGUGAGUACCGACAGCACUCACUCGCCUACCUCGCCCUUGCAACAAAUGCAAAAACCCAAUGCAGUGGCCCCGGAGUUCAACAAAAAACUCUACGUGGAAGAACGCUUCGCUGGUACUGACUAUCAUUAUGCCCUCGAUGAACGAAAUGCAGAACUUCAUCGCAUUUUCAAAUCUAUUCCAGAGGACGAUCGUCUUCUCGAUGACUUUAGCUGUGCAUUGAGUCGAGAAUUUUUAUUCCAAGGAAGACUUUAUGUUACAGAAACUAACCUAUGUUUCAACUCAAACCUACUCGGUUGGGUUACGCAUGUUGUCAUUGCAAUGAAAGACAUCACUAUUAUUGAAAAAACUUCAACCGCUGGUCUGUUUCCUAAUGGAAUUGCCAUCGAAACUCGACUAGGAAGACACCAAUUUGUGAGCUUUAUUUCAAGAGACCCUACUUUUGAGUUUAUCAAGACGGUAUGGGGUAAGUGCAGGGCUUCUCCAGUCAGCGAGGCUGUUGAUCUGAACAGUGAAGCAGCCCGUGUAUCCAGCCUUCGAGAGAAUCUUCAACGAUCACAGAGUGACUUAGUAGCAACCACGCUAUCUACAGAAACCCCUUUCGAUAUUCCUCCUAGUCGCGCCUCGAUGGUCAGUGACAAUGAUGCUGAAAUUGAAGAGGCCAUUCUCUCAGUAGAUGACUUCACCCCAACUAUCGUAAUGGGAAAGCAAAGGUCGAGAAAAAGCGGCAAUGAUGAUGACGACGAAAGUGAAAGUGAAAGUGAAGAUGAGGGGGCGAUAGAGGAUGGAAGUGAUUCUGAGGAAUCGUCCCAAGCUCGCACCUCAUCCCAGAAGGUAUAUGGGCUCAAAUCUGAGACUGGGUUUGAAUAUGAUGGGCCCACUUUUUUCCAAGAGACGCCAUUUUUGUAUGAUCCAGAAGCCAACAACGAAACUGUGCUAGCAGAAGUGGAAUUCGAUGCUCCUCCUGGCGUCAUCUAUCAAUUAAUCUUUAGUAGCGAUAAAACUGACUUUCUCCAGAUGUUUCUGAAGGGUCAAAACUCGUCUAACUUAUCGACAAUUCCUGCAUUUGACCAAGUCAACAAGGAUGGGCAGCAAUAUCGUGAAUAUACUUACACGAAGGCUUUAAACUAUGCAGUGGGUCCAAAGUCUACCAAAUGCCAUGCUUUAGAAACUGUUUUGACGUUAGAUUACGAAAACUGUAUUAAUGUCGUUAACACAACCAAAACUCCAGAUGUGCCCAGUGGAAAUAGCUUUUCCGUGAAAACGAGGUACAUGAUGCGCUGGGCCUCGGCAACUACCAGUAUCCUUAGGGUGUCAUUUUGGGUUGACUGGACCGGGGGUAGCUGGAUCAAAGCAAUGAUUGACAAAAGUUGUAAGGCUGGCCAAGUUGAGGCUACUGAACAGUUUAUUGAGCUUUUGAAGACAUUUGUCAAUGACUUUACGGUAGAGUCAAGCACAGAAGUGAAGCAAACGCCCCGGAAGAAGCAGCCUCAAAGUAGGCGUGUAAGUCGCAUUUCGAACAAAACGCCCCAACUUCAGUCGACUGCAGCAGUCGUUGAAGAAAAGUCACAGAAUAACGAUAUAACAGUUCAAAAACCUGGGUUUUUCAGUGGAAUCACUGUGACCAAUAUCUUACUCAUGCUGAAUCUUUUUUUCCUACUUAUUGUGCUUGCCAGGGAACACCGAAUUUUGCGCCUGAUUGAAGCAUCCAAUAGUAGCUUCUCUUCAGGCGCGAAUGAUGCGUCUAUAAAUCAAAUGCUAUCCCAUUUCAAAACGAUGUUUGAAACCGAAUUUGAUGGUGCGCUUCCCUUAAAAAAUGCUGCCAAAGGCGAAACAAGACGUUUGACGGUUCGUGAAUGGCUAAACAGACAUGCGAGCUCGGACGAAACCUUUGACCUUGACGCUCGCAAGAAAAAACAGCAUCAACGUUAUAUGCGGUACCUGAUGGACCAACUGAUCGAUGGCGAAGUUUCACUGGCUGAGACCGAAGAAUUUUUGCAUAAACUUGACCAGCUGGUAGGUGUGGUGAACGACACUACGCGAAAAACCGGGUCAGCAAACGCUGCGGAAUUGAAGGAUGUUGUGAAAUACUUAAUUAAUACGUGA